AAACAAAAAAAGCGAAAAAAAAGUUCUUCCACUCCGCUCUACAACUACCCCCGUCAUUUCGGUUUCGGUCCUUCAUCUUUGUUCCCGCAACUGUGGCUUCAAUCAAUCAAACUGGAUUCCAACAAGCAGUACGUGUCGCGAUUACUUCGCGGCUACCGGAGGCUUAAGAAAUUUUUCAAGCGUGUGGCGAACCAGGCGCUUACCGUUUCGCCACAGCCGGCAAUAACGGUGGAGGGGCCGGUGUCCAAAAUGUCUCCACCGACGAACGACGUGAACAACGGUGUGGUAGCGUCUCCCAGCACUCUGGCGCCUCGGGUUCCACCGACCACGAACCCGUCCCUCACCAACCCACCGACGCACAAGCGUACCCCGAAGGAUUUCAUCUUCGGCAAGGUGAUCGGCGAAGGAAGCUUCUCCACCGUUUAUCUUGCCAAGGAUAUCCACACCAACAAGGAAUACGCGAUCAAGGUGUGCGAUAAGAGUCACAUAAUCAAGCAGAAGAAGACCGAGUAUGUGAAGCGUGAGAAGGAGGUGUUGAACAUGCUCGCGGAUGCCAAGCAUUCAUUCGUGCGCCUGUUCUGCACCUUCCAGGACGCGGAGAGACUAUACUUUGUCAUGUCGUACGCUAAGAAUGGCGAGCUCCUGCCUCACAUCAACAAGGUGGGCUCCUUCGACAUCGAAUGCACUAAAUUCUACUCGGCCGAAAUCCUACGCGGUCUUGAGUAUUUGCACGGGCUCGGUAUCAUUCACCGAGAUCUCAAGCCGGAGAACAUCCUGUUGGACGAGAAGAUGCACAUCCUUAUCACCGAUUUCGGUUGUGCCAAGAUCCUCAAGGAUGACCCGGAGACACCUGCGUUGGACUCGGACGCUCCUCAACAACAACAACAACAACAGCAGCGUUUUAGAGAACGCAGCGGCUCCUUCGUUGGUACCGCUCAGUACGUGUCACCAGAACUACUGACCAACAACAGGGUGAGCAGAGCGUCCGAUCUUUGGGCCCUGGGCUGUCUCGUUUACCAGAUGGUCGCCGGCCUGCCGCCCUUCCGCUCGAAAAGCGAGUACCAGAUGUUCCAGAAAAUCCUGAAACUCGAUUAUGAUAUACCGGACGGUUUCUGUCCGCUAGCACGGUCGUUCGUUAAUCAACUUUUGGUUUUGGAGCCGACGCAACGACUGGGCGCUUUGGACGAGCACGGUGCCGGUUAUCCCAGCAUCCGGGCGCAUCCCUUCUUCGAGGGCGUCGACUUUGAGACCCUUCACGAGCAAACCCCACCGCCGAUUUAUCCGUAUCUACCCGGCACUUCGGAGCGUGAGGAGUUGAGGUCGCAAUAUAAGGUGCCUGAUAAUCUUGAGCCUGGUUUAGACCAUAAGCAGCUCACUAGGCUCCUCUGGACGAACACUGAUGAGAUCAACGAUGACAAUGAGACCACUGGCGCAGAGAACGCAUUCUUCAGCGAAAUCAUCGUAGAGAAACCACUGAGGAGAUAUAUCAACAGACCAGAGAGCAGCACCAAUAUUGCCAAUCUGACGCCGGAACAGAUCAGAAUGCGACUAGAGAAGCAACGCGCCACGAAUCAGUGGCAUCCUUUCGUCGAUGACAAUCUGAUAUUGAAGCAAGGCUUUGUCAAUAAGAGGAAAGGCCUGUUCGCCAGACGGAGAAUGCUUCUCCUCACUACCGGACCACACCUAUAUUACGUUGAUCCUUACAACAUGGUACUCAAGGGUGAGAUACCCUGGAGUCCCGAAAUGAAGAUCGAGCCAAAGAAUUUCAAGAUUUUCUUCGUCCACACGCCAAACAGAACGUACUAUCUCGAAGAUCCCGAAGGAUUUGCAUUAGAGUGGUGCAGAGCAAUCGAGGAGACUCGUGUCCACUGUUACGGCCUGCAAAAGAUGACCACCGCUUAAAAUAGAAAAAGGACACUUAAAAGAGAUCUAAAAGACAGAACAUAUAAAAUAAUAAAGUCCGCGAGUAGCGAUCGCUAAGGUCGAUUUGUUCCCGACGAGAAGCGCUGGCGAAUCGAUUGUUCGCGUAUUAGCCUAUUGUAAAAAGUAGACUAAUAGAGUUAUCACGCACUUGCGCGCUUUGUACAGGUUAGGCAAAAAUUCAUUAGGCAAAAAAAUUCCGAAAUCGCAAUUUCCGUUAUCGAUAAGCAUUGUCGCGUCGGUUUAUUAUCGUUUACGUUCACUAUUUAUUGACGAUCCUUUAGAGAAUCACAUCAUUCGCGAGAAUUGCGCGAUACGUGCGCAAAAUAAUGAAAAUAUUAGCGAUUAGAGAAAUUUUUAGCCAAGAUUUCAGCUGCAUAUCCGCAGCGUCUAUAGCCAUGUGACGUAACUCGCGUGAGAUCGGGGUCGCCCGGGGCAAAAGAAAAUAAAGUUUACGCACUCGUAAAUUUCGAUGUUUACAAUUCUUGGCGAUAUGCAUAAUUCGGAUCCCACGCACGACAAAUUUUCACGCGAAUUGAUUUUCGAAGAAAGAAAAAAAAA